AUGACGGCCCCUCCCAGAGGAACAGGCUCAAGCCUGGCGCAGGCUAUCAUUAUAACUUCUGGUGUUGCAGCUCUGGUAGCUUCGCUACUCUCCCUCGUGGUGCCAAUUUACGCAGCAUCGUCAUGGACAAGCAUCAUUUCCCUGCGAGCCGCACAAUUCCUGGAUCCGAUUCGAGAUAUUUAUGAGGCCUUCACCAUCUACACCUUUUUCCAGCUUCUCAUCAACUUCCUCGGCGGAGAAAGAUCCGUUAUCAUCAUGGCACACGGUCGUCCUCCAGUCUCGCACGCAUGGCCGCUCAAUCAUGUUCUGAAGAAGAUUGAUAUCUCCGACCCCCACACAUUCUUGGCCGUCAAGCGCGGUAUCUUGCAGUAUGCCUGGCUCAAACCUGUUUUGGCACUUGUCUCGAUCAUUAUGAAAGCGACCGAUACCUAUGAGGAAGGUUAUCUGGGUAUCACCUCGGGCUACCUCUGGACGGGCAUUGUGUACAACCUCAGUGUGACAAUUAGCCUGUAUUCCCUCGCCAUGUUCUGGGUGUGCUUGCAUGACGACCUCACUCCUUUCCGCCCUGUCCCAAAAUUCCUCUCUGUGAAGCUCAUUAUCUUCGCUUCAUACUGGCAAGGGUUCUUCUUGUCCAUCUUGCAAUGGCUGGGCGCUAUGGGCAACGGCCUUGCUGGAUAUACCCCAGACAAUCUCGCAGCGGCAAUUCAGGACAGUCUCAUCUGCUUUGAGAUGCCCAUAUUCGCGAUCGUGCACUGGUAUGCAUUCUCGUGGCACGACUAUGCAGACCCAACGAUUUCAGCAGCCCGACUACCGGUGAAAUAUGCCCUGCGCGAUGCCUUUGGCAUUCUAGACCUGGUCGAAGAUACUAAGAUUACCGUGCGUGGGGAGAACUACGAAUACCGACUAUUCGAUUCAGGCGACAACGUCAUCGCGCACGAGGAAUCCCAUUCGCGAGUCAAGCGAGUGAUGGACGGAAUGCGAUAUGAACGCGGCGGAAAAGCGAAAUAUUGGAUCCCCAAGCCUGGCGAAGCCAGCAAGCCCGGCGAGAUCAACAGUCGCACUCCUCUCCUAACAGGCGGAGGGGACUCAAGCCAACGUGGUCGAAGCGAACGUGGCAGUCGCACUUCGACCGAACGAUAUCGAUCAUCGUACAGCGAGAUUGAAACGGCAAUGGAUGAUGAAGAUGAACGACUUUUCACGAAUGCACGAGCGCUGGAGUUCGGAGAUUGGAAUUACCCGGUGAUUACAGCCAACGAAGUUCCCAGAGAUCAACGGCUGUCAGCCAGCCAGAGUUACCAAGGAUCAUCUCAGGCAGGAGGUGAUGUGAAGAAGGCCCGUUCGCAUCGGAAAGGCCGAGCAUCGGGUAGUGAAGGUAGACGCCAUGCCAACAGUGGCAACGCCAAAGCCAACACCAACAGCUCCCGUAGGUCCAGUCGGAGCUCAGAGGUGCCUCGUCCCUUGCAGCGCAAUGCGAGCUCCAGUAGUUCACAGAAAUCGCAACCCAGCCAACGAGUGGAUCUCGUGGUGGAGGACCAUGAGGCUGAAGAGGAAGAACGAGUCCAGACCCAGCGGGAGUUGGGCUCUGCUUGGGCGGGUGGUGAAACCCGACGAUUCUCGAGACCGACCGGCCAGCCAAUCGAAGAAGAGAAUGAGACCGAAGCUCCGACUAGGGAAGCCCCGGCUAAACCUGCAGAGGAUCGCGAGAAUCGAUCCGGUCGCUGGGCUUACGAUGGCAUGGAGGAGGACAAUAACGUAUGGGGCCGAUAG